CUCUCUCUCUCUCUCCCCCCCCUCUGGCUACUUCGUGUACUGUCUCACUAUAUUUAUCCACCACCUGAAUCUCACUCACUCAGUCCCUCUUUCUCUCUCUCUUAUUUUCUCUCUCUAGGAUUUUAGAUUCUAUCAGGUUUUUAGAGUGAGAAAACCGUACUUUUACACAUACCUGUGCACGCAUGGAGCUGAUUGGAUCACACUUUUAGAGUCGGAACCUCGCCGUCUGCGCCCGGUAUAUUCAGUCGGAUCCGAUCCGACUCGGUGCUCGAACUCGAAGAUUUCAGCCACAAUUCUAAGAUCUGGUGCUUGCGGCCAGACCGGUUUAUGUUUGGAUGAUCUGCAAAAGUUACAUUAGGAGUGUGAUUGUUCAAGCCUGGAAUAUCGUAACGUCUACGAAGGCAAGGGUGCAUUUCAACAAUACUGAUAGAAUUUGCGCGCUUGCCAAUUCGUGGAACCGAGCAUUUAGGUCGAGUUUGAGGAUGAUGGUUGAUACAGGUGCGACGGAUGAACAGGGAUCCGUUUUUGAUGUGCUGCCUGACAAAGAUGAGGAUGGUGAAUAUACCAGUGGAGGGUGCAAAAGCGAAGGUGGAGAACUGAGUUGCGGUUAUUCGAGUUUCAGGGGAAAAAGAGCAACUAUGGAGGAUUUUUAUGAUGUUAAAAUGUCCAAAAUUGAAGGGCAAACGGUCUGCCUGUUUGGAAUUUUCGAUGGUCACGGCGGUUCUCGUGCUGCUCAGUAUUUGAAGGAGCAUCUAUUUGGGAAUCUCAUGAAGCAUCCACAAUUCAUGACAGACACUAAGUUAGCUAUUAGUGAAUCGUAUCAACAGACCGAUGCAGACUUUUUGGAUUCUGAAAGAGAUAUAUACCGGGAUGAUGGUUCUACUGCUUCAACAGCAGUCUUGGUUGGUAACCAUCUAUAUGUUGCUAAUGUUGGAGAUUCACGUACAGUAAUAUCAAAGGCAGGAAAAGCUAUUGCUUUAUCCGAGGAUCAUAAACCAAAUCGAAGUGAUGAAAGGAAGAGAAUUGAGAGUGCCGGGGGUUUUGUAAUGUGGACAGGCACUUGGAGAGUAGGCGGUGUGCUGGCCAUGUCUCGGGCUUUUGGGAACCGCAUGUUGAAGCAAUAUGUUGUUGCAGAACCUGAGAUCCAGGACCUAGUGGUGGAUGAAGAUUUUGAGUUUCUAGUGCUUGCUAGCGAUGGGGUAUGGGACGUGCUACCAAAUGAGGUUGCCGUUGAAGUUGCCAAAACAGAAGAAGAACCCGAGGCAGCAGCUCGAAAGUUAACGGCGGUUGCCUUUUCCCGUGGCAGUGCAGACAACAUAACAUGCAUUGUGGUGAAGUUCCAGCAUGACAAAGCAGGGCCAGCCAGUCCUCACCAGGAUUAGAAACUUUGCAUACUGCAUGUGUGGAUUUUUAAUAUUUUUAAGAAAACCAUAUUAAAUUUGCACAUGCAAAUGGCCGAAUGUGCUUAUGGAAAUGAUAGCAAUUUGUUUAUUCGUUGGUUUUGUAUCGUAACAUUUCGUUUUUGUACGGAGAAGACGGGCUUUUCGACCCGUUCCGCUUCCGUAUCUGUCUAUGUAUUGUAUACCCUUUCUGCGUA